UUUUCCAAGCUGAAAAUAUGGUUCUCUGGAAUCUAUUUGUUUUUGCUACUUCAGUCAUUUUGUUGGCUGAAGGAACAUUUGACAAUUGCAAUAAUGGGUUACUCACCGAUAAAAUUCUGAAAAUCACUUCGCCGCAUGGAAAUGUUUCAGUUUGGGAUAUUAAUGAAGUAAUUGUAUUCGGGGAGCAGGAGUCUGGAAAAUUGAGCUUAAUUCUUCCCAAACAGUUUUCAAUAAAAUUGGAAAAGGUUGACCGCACGUUUCUGAACGUUUUCGUUUUAAAACCAAUUCGAGAUGAUUACUUCCACAAUGUUGUGAUCGAAUACAUUGUCUCAAAGGAGUGGCAUCCAUCCCUACAAUUUGAUCUUCAGUCGAUUCAUUUGAAAAUUGUGGAUGAUCGGAGUGGACAAUCGAAAGAUCUCAUUUUACUUUACGAUCUUCGGGCGGAAGGGCAACAAACCUCCAAAAUCUUACUCGCUCCGAAUAAAAGAGAUCCAAAAUGUCAAAGACCUGCUGUAAUGGAUACAAUUCACUACAGUCAAGUAUUUGUUCAAAAUGCAAUGAGAAAUCGAUCGCAUGUAUCAUCAGGAAGCCGUUGUACAAUUGCAUUUCUACUGAAUACAAAUGGAGAUUUUGAGAAUUACGUGACAAGUAAAAAUGAUGAGAUUAGAAUUCUAAACUACACAAAGAUUAUCAAUGCGAAUGAAUACGCCUAUAUAUUAGUAGAGUUUGAGACGCUGAAACCGGGAAAAGCUGAAUUCAAUGUGGUCCAGAAACAAAUCAGCAAUAAAAAAACAAGAGAAUUUUACGGUGUACCAAUUACUAUUGUUCCUGGAUUUAUCGAUUUCUGGAAAUCGUCAGAAUUUUCAAACGAGAAUUUGAAUCCAAAUGAACAAAUCAGCAUUUUCAAAACGUUCCUGUAUGAUCCCACAGAGAACAAAGCACUCAGUUUUGAUGGAAACGAAGAGGUUAUAAAUAUUAAUAGACCUUCUACCAACUACAGCGAACUUGUAUUUGUAUUUAAAACGGAGAACAAACACUUUUUCCAAUUUGCAAUGCAAAGUCAAGAAACUGGAAUUUUCUAUCGCAUCUUCAAACAUGAUUCCAACACAAUCAUUACAAUUCCAUUCGAUGGAAUUCGAAAUGAAUUGAGCGAAGAAAAUCUAAGACUUGCUUAUUGUUACGAUACAAUGGAUUUUUAUAAUGUCAAAAUUACAACAGACGGAGUGCAGAAUAGUAACAAUAUUGUCCAGAUGAAGAAGAAAUCAACAAAUUCCGCAAUCGAAAGUAUUUGGAAAUUGAUUCCUCAUAGGUUUGAUUAUUAUGAUGUAACUGAUAUGAUAUACUAUGAAGAACAUGAUCACGGUCUACUAAGAUUUGAUGUCGGGGAGAAUAUGAUAACUGAAGUAAAGAAAACAUAUUUCAAAACGACUCUUCGGGAGACUCUUGUUGACAAGUACCCAAUUCUUAACUUUGGAGAACAAUUUCCAUAUACGAAUACAUCCGUCGAUAUCAUUAUUUCGAAUAACAACUCGAAAGUAAUUGAAACUGCCAGUGUACAAAUUAACGGAUACAAGUCAGGAAGUUAUAUCCGUCGUAUUGGGAAUCCUGUAUACUACGAUUACAUUUUCAUUAACUAUUUUAAUUCUUCGGAAUAUUGGAAUGUCGAUGAGUCCGUGGGUGGAAUCUACAUGAUUUUCCUGAAUGAUCCUUUUCGGAAGAAAUCGAUUGGUUUUAAACCAGAUGAGAAUAAUAAUUUCGACAUUCAAAGACCAUCGACAGACUACAGUGAUUUGGUUGUGAUCUCUGUUAAUAAGACCACCAAAAAUUGUGAUCCAGCCAUUACAGUAAGAAGCCUUGAAACUGGAUUGAUCUACGAACAUGCUCAGUAUUUUAACCCUAUGGUGUUUUCGAUUCGGUUUGAUGGAAUUCGAAACGAGUUACCAGUGGAACAUUUGAGCAUAGAACGUUUUGAUACAGUUUAUCAUGUUAAAAUUACAAACAAACAUGUUUCAAUUGGAUACACAUCGGAAGUUAAUUCGGUAUUUAACGGUGUUUGGGAGAAACAAGAAAAUGCAUGCACUGCAGUAGCAGAAGUAGGGGUACACAAAUAUUACAUUAACGGAGAAACAAUCAUUCUCGAAGAAAAACAAAGUGGAUCUUUGAUCUUCGAUGUUCCCAAAAAUGCGAUUGUAACUAUUUUGAUCAGUUCAUCGAAAUGUUCUGAUCUGGAUGUGAACAGGGAGUUCGCGAAUAAGUUUAGCUAUCAAGUGCUUGAAAAUGUUUGUCCGGAUUCGAAAGGAUAUUUUGACAUUACUGUCAUUGUCAAGGAUAGUAACAUCAAUCAGAACUUCCGUGUUCAUUACCAAAUCGGAAGCCGAACAUUUGAAAGACCGCAAACAACUAGUCCUACAUAUAUUCCUGUUACAACAUCAUAUCCUCCAACAACAAAUCCUCCUUCUCCGGCACUACCAAAUUUGAUUGAUUUCUUGAAUAAGGAGAGGGAAAAUGUUAAUUUCAAAUAUGAUUCUACGGAACUUGCAAUGAUAUGUUCAUACGAGAUAUUUGAAAAUGGAACAACAACUAUCACAAGAGUUUUACCUGUAAAUGGAACAUAUACGAUUGCAAAAUAUUUGGGAGCAAAAACAACUGGAAUUGCAUUCUUCAUAAAUAAAUCUGACAAAACAGAAGCAUACAGACUGACUGAAAAAAGUAUUACAAUGGGAUUCGAAAACAGUGUUACAAGUGAAAAUCAUGAAGGGAAUGAAUGGAUUGUAACGAGUGAAUUCCAAGGGGAAAGGAAGAAUUUGAAGGAAGAAUCAUUGAUUGCUACAUUGGAAAAUUUGAAUUCCAAGAGAAAAACUGAAGUUAAUGUUCAAGUCAAAGCUUAUUUUAAGUCAUUUCUUGAUGCUAAAUUUAAAAAGUUGUCUUCUUGAAUUGUUUUGAUUGAAAUGAAAUAUAUCAGAUGGGAAU